AUUUAAAAAGAAGAAGAAGAAGAAGAAAAAGGAAGUGGAAAGCGAAGACAGCGAAGGCGGCAUUGUCUGCAAAGUAUGCGGUAGCGUGCGCUGUGUGCCGCCUUUCCCCCCGAGCACGAUGGCCACUCAGAGAGUGCUCCCUCAGAGCAAAGAGACUCUGCUCCAGAACUACAACAAGAGACUGAAGGACGACAUCCGGUCCAUCCUGGACAACUUCACUGAAAUCAUCAAAACAGCGAAGAUAGAGGACGAGACGCAGGUCUCGCGAGCAACUCAAGCAGAGCAGGACCAUUAUGAAAUGCACGUCAGAGCAGCUAACAUUGUGCGCGCCGGCGAGUCCCUGAUGAAGCUGGUGUCUGAUCUCAAGCAGUUCCUGAUUCUGAACGACUUCCCCUCCGUGAACGACGCCAUCAGCCUCCAGAACCAGCACCUCCGCUCGUUGCAGGAAGAGUGUGACAAGAAGCUCACCUCGCUGCGCGACGAGAUCGCCAUCGACCUGUAUGAGCUAGAGGAAGAAUAUUACUCGUCCAGGUACAAGUAGGCUUAUACCUGUCCCCAUCCCAUCGCCCCCUCUUCUGUCCCAUGCCCAGCACCAUGUACUGUCUCACCUUUUACCAUUCACCGCUGAGCCUGGGGAAGGGGUUUACUCCUGCCAACUUCUGAACCUGACACCUUUUGUGUUGGAUUUGUCUCUGUCAUAUCCAAACUGCACCAUUCAUCAACACGUAUCAUUGCUGAGGGUCAUUGCGAUGGAGCUCAUCUCACCAAGUGACUUUACACCGAUUUGCAAGUGCCUUGACUUUUUGUCUGCUCCGUGAUGUCUCAUAAUUAGUCAAAGUGAAGAAGACUUCAGGAUUGAAGGGGUGUUCUGCUGAAAAUCAGCAGUGUAAAUGUAUGGAGCUCUUGGAACUAUAGAGGCUCAGCAUGUAUUUUUUUUGGCACUCAUUGCAGUUUACUUAAAAAAUGUCACGUGUGUGGCUUUACUGCUGCGUUAAUGGUAAUCAGACUUAUUGGUUCCCUUGUCUGCAGUGUCCAGUAGGUUUUAGAGAGGUUUUUACAAAUAUUGUCUGGUACAUGGGCGAGAGACGUGGUUUAGGGGAAUGUAAGUAAUGAGGAGUUUGUUUAUAACUAAUUAUUUUUAAAUGCACACAGCAUUGUCGGGAAUUAUACAUUACAAGAAUUACACAUUAAAAGAACUAAAAGUUUAUCAGAGUAUAGAUUUUAUGAUUAUAUCAUUCAUUUAAGAUUAUUUAUCUGCAAUAUUUAAACCAUAAUUAUAAUAGUGACGCCAUAUAUGCUUCAAUUUAAGAAUCGACUGUUGGAAUGGAUGCUUGUUAUAGAGUAAACGAUAAGACACAAUUGUUUGCUGUUAUUUAUUUGAGGUCAAAUCUACCAAGACUUUUCUCUGGUAGAUGUUUUCUGUAAAAGCAAUUUAGAGUUAAUAUUUUUAUUGACUCACGAGCUGUAACCAUGCAAGCAGUUGUCAAUCACAAAUGGUGUGGUUGAACGUGUGUACCAUUUUGUGCCAGCUGUUACAGUAGACCCAAAUGAUUAAGAAAUAAAGUAGAGACAAAACACA